AUGACCAGCCCUGUGCUUUUAGUGGCCUCCGUCAUCUGCGAAGUGUGGGCUUUGCAGAUUCUGCAGAUCCUGCAGCAAGAGUGGGGCUGGAGGGACUGUUGGGGCACCCCUGAGUCUCCUUGUGAGCAAGACUACGUGUCCACCGCCCCAGUGUAUCACUCUGGCCGGUGGUGAGUCUGUGCAGGCAUGGGGCUGGGGCAGGAGGAGGGCAGUGUGGUCAGAAGGUUCAGAAAGGCGAGCCUGGUGAGCUCCCUCGAGGUGGAGGUAGUGUGAGGCACCAAAAGGGGCAUGGGACAGCUGCCCUUUCCCCAGAGCCGGCGAACCUGCACCCCGGCCAGAAUGCCGACCCACAGUGCACUAUUCUGUGUAGUGGAUUCAACCCAAGAGCUGGUUAGCAUGGAGCAGACACUUCUGGGUACCCUGCAGCAGGAUUGGUCCUUCGCCAUCCACAUGAAGGUGAGUCUGGCCUCCAGCAUUCCUCUGGAGGACCUGUGGAUGGAGACCGGGUGGGGUCACAGGAUCCCAAGCUGA